AUGGGGAAGCAGCAGCAGAAGACGCUCCUCCGCGCAGCCCGCGACGGCAGCCUCCGCCUCCUCAAAAGACACUGUGGAAUAGUAGAGUUGCUGCUCUCAAAAGGAAUCGAUGUGGAUUUCGAAUGUGUAUUUGGGACCCCAUUGCACGCGGCUGCUCUUCACAAGCAAGAUGACGUAGUGAAGAUUUUGUUAGAGCACCAUGCUGACCCUAAUAAGUUCUGCAAAGUUGGUGGUUAUAUACCAUUGAGCGUGGCCAUACGCCCCACACCUUCAGUUUCAUUGGAAUGCGUGAAGCUACUCAUUAAGGCUGGUGCUGCUGUGAAUUUCAUUGACUCCGCUGGUGUUGCUUGUGUGAUGGUGGCGGCGGAGUAUGGCUUACCUGGCAUCAUGAAGUGCUUAUUAGAUGCUGGUGCUAACCCCAAUGUUACAAGCAGAUUUGGUGCAACUCCAAUUGAAGUUGCUGCCCUUAAAGACAGAAGGGAAAUUGUCGAAAUGUUAUUCCCUUUGACUUCUCCUAUUCCAACGUUGCCAGAAUGGAGUAUUGAUGGUAUCAUUUCUCAUGUGAAAUCUUUUGGUUUGGAGCCGUUGGAUGAACAUCAGUAUGAAAAGAAAAAAUCUGAGCUAAAAUUGCAAGCUAUGGAUGCUUUUAAGAGAAAUGACUAUUGA